AUGGUCGGAAAGAGCGAGGUGAAGAGUAGUCGCAUUUUCCACCAAUGUUAUUUGAAGUGUUGCAAGUUGCAAAAUUUAACCCCGCUCACGAAUGUUUUACCAACGGGUAACGGGAAAGUCCUAGACUUUUGUGUGGACAGAAUCAAAUAUGCAGAUUGGCCGCCGAUAUUGAACGCGCUUAGUUGCGAUUUGAGUCUACACAGUGUGGCUAUAAAAUGUCGUCAACAAGUAAAAACGGUACUGGAACAGAUAGAUUGCGAAAGAUUAGCUAAAACGGUGAACAAGCGGGCAGUGAUCUUGACUAACUUCAUGCUGAGCAAUCUAGUAGAGGCGACGUCACAACUUCUAUCAAACACGACGCUACUGACGUCAUUUCUACUCGAGGGUCUCCCUUUGAAAAUACCAUAUUUAAAUCCUAUUUGCGAGGCGUUACUAGCAAACAAUACACUCCAGCAUCUUUAUCUUCCCCGAUGUCUGAUCGGAGACGCAGGCUGCCUGGCCAUAUGUAAGGCGAUUCGAAGUUUGCCAAACGUUCUCACACUGGACCUUAGCGGCUGUGAUCUCACGCCACUGGCUGCUGGAUAUAUUGCUGAUUUAGUUAAGUACCAAAAAAUCCACCGCUAUAGUGAGAAUUGGGUUCACACUUUGCGGUAUCGUUUACCUGAACUCGAUACGAUGGCUGGAUUACGACGGAUCACGGUAAACGGAAAUCCUCUUGGAGAUCAGGGUGUAGGGAAACUAUUGGAUGUGUUAGCUGAUGACCUUUGGAUUAAAGCUUUUGAUGUCCAAAACUGUGGUCUAUCAGACGACUGUGCAUCUAUGGCGUUACAAACUAUGAGUUCUAAUACAACCCUCGUGGUAUUGGACAUGAGGCAUAACGCUAUCGCUAGUGAGUUCCUCUCAAAGAUACGAGCUGCUUUGAGAGAAAAUGAAAGAGGCGCUGGAGGAGUGUAUUCCUGGCUAAGUGUAAGUGGAAGUUCAACGGACGCUAGAUCGGUGAAAAAUGUAGUUACCAAAAAUGGAAUAAUCAAAGACCGAGUCGCGUCUAAUGUAAGAAAUGCGCCAAUCAAAUACACGAACAAAAACAGUGCAGUGAAGAAAGAGAAGGAUUACUCGGAAGUGCUGGAGGAACAGCUCCAAGAGGAGAUAUCUCAUCGACAACAGUUAGAGGAACUAAACUUGCAACUGGUAGAACAAAUGAAGCAGAUGAAGCGACAGCAGAUGCAGCUAUGGGCCAAUAACACGUCAUCGGGUUCGGAACAAUCAUUCCAAGCAAGCUCGCACUCCGGUGACCUCUCCAGCAGCACGGAGUCGUCAUGUUCAGUACCGAUAGACCAGAACACGCUGUCAUACAUUCAGCAGGCCUUCAAGGAUAUUUACGCCUUUAUCAAGAAUAAUCAAUGUCAUGGUCAAUGCGAAGAAAAGUUAAAGAAAGAAGAAUCGUCGCCGUCUGAAUCUCCCGUGUCCGAUCGGGAGACUGAAUUGCGUAUCAACAUCGCGCCCAAACGAGCACAGAGCACACAUAUAAAGCUUCUAGAAAAUCACACCAGGAAUAAAACAACGAAAUCUGCGCACUUACUGGGCGACGGAUUCAGAGAUUCUGCUGAAGUGAAACCGGAGAUGUUUGAAAGGCAAAUGGGAGACACAAUGAAUUCAAACUAUGAGUGCAAGAAGAAAGUCCUUGACGAUAUUCCUACAGGCCAGAGAGACAAGAAAAAGGUAAAAUAUGAAUCAAGCCCGUCUAGUUCCGGAAUCAGUGAUUCGUCCGACACACUUGUAUGUUCUCCGAGGGCCACAGCGCUUAACCCACGAGACGCACUUUACUCCUCAUCGGAUGAAGAUUAA